AGAACGUUGCCAAGCAACCGAAGAAUCGAUCAUAAACAAACAUUCGAUAAGAAUGAACUAAUUUUAAAAUGUCAAAUAAAUUGUAUCAAUCAUUGUGGAAAGAUGUACAGAAUUCACUUAGAUUUAUUUUAGAUGAUGAUAAACCAGUUUCUCCUGAAAAAGAUUUGCAGAACACAUUUAAUAGAAUAGCUAUUUUAUAUUUGAGAUACAUAAAAAUUGUCAAAAACUUGGAAAAAUGUUACGAUCAAAUUAUUCAACCACAGAAAAUAUUAACAUUCAGAAAGAUAUUAGAGGGAGUGAUUGGACGUAUUUUGGAAUUGAAGGCAGAAUUAGUUAAAAUAGAAAAUCAAGAGUUUCAUUUUAUAAAUAAUCUUCUCUUAGAUAUGAGAAUGAUUCCAAAGGAUUUGGAAUUACCUAUUCCAAAAUGGUAUUUGUUACCGAAAGAAGAAGAGGUUGAAAUAAUUUAUCAAAAAGGUUUCCAGAAAACUUCAAUAAAUAAAAUUAAUAAGGCAAAUAAUGAUAUAAUUGAGUGCUUUGAUGAUGCAGCAGUUUUAAUUCAAAAUCAUGAAAGAUCAAGACAAUGCAGAGCAAAGUAUCUUAAUGUCAGGAUAAAAAAGAAAAAAGACAAUAAAAUGUGUUCAUCUAUGGAAUAUGAGAAUGCAGCAUUUUUAAUUCAAAAAAAUUGGAAAUUAUACAGUACUAGGAAGAAAAAUAAAGUUAACUUAAUUAGAGAAAAAAAAUUGCUUGGAAUGCUAUCUUCAACAAUAUUACCAGCAGACAUAAAAACAACAUAUAAUGGUGAUUUGGAACAGCACAGAGAAUUACAGCAUAAAAUGAAAGCAGAAAACUUAAAACUAUAUGAAAAAUCUCUUGUUGAUAUUAAGAUGCAAAUAAGAUUACAAGAAUCAGAUGACAUGAAAGAAAAAUUAAAAGAUGAUAUCCGAAAAUGGUAUCUUUCAUACAGAAGUAAACAUAGCACUUAUCCCAAUUUUCCAUCUGAAAAAGAAGGUGGUUCAAAUUUGAUUUUUCAUCCUCAAACAGUAGAACAAAAUAAAACUCCAGAAAAUGUUGUUACAUCCCAUUCCAGUUGUGUUCCACUUAUUAUUGAAGGAUGUCUUGAAUACAAAACUCUAUGGGAAAAUCAAAAUGAAAUAAAUAAUGAUCUUCAGUUGUAUGAAAAAGAAAUGAUAAGGCAACAAAAGUUUAUAGAAGUGAAGGAAGAAGUUCGAAUGCAAGUUGAUGAAAUAAUGAGAUUUGAAUUAGAAGUUUUAAAAGUGGCUCUAGCAAAGGAUAAAGGAAUAAAGUUAAAAAAAAGAAAGGGAAAAGUAAGAGGAAAGAAAACUAAAAAGAAGAGAGAUUUGACAGCAGAUAGAUCUUUAGAAUCCUUAUAUAAAGAAUUGUUGGAUAAUGGUAUAAUUAUAAAGAGUGUUCCUACAAGUUUGGAUGAUUAUUUUGGUGAUUACAAUUUUAUUGGCUCAUCAUUGUUAAGUCAAGGAAUUGAACCAGUUUGGCAUUAUUGUGCUGAUAUAAAACAUAUUAUUAUUGCAUAUUGCAUUCUUCCUUUAAGUAAUCCUAAUGUCCAUAAACUUACUCCACUUAUAAAAUCUAUACUUUUUUUUGGUCCUCAUGGUGUUGGAAAGAAAUUCUUAGUUAAUGCAAUAUGUUCAGCAACACAAUCCAUAAUAUUUGAUUUAUCUCCAGAAAAUAUUAUUGGAAAAUAUCCAGGAAAAGCAGGUUCAAAAAUGCUUAUGCAUCUUGUUGAAAAAGUGGGUAAAGCAUUUCAGCCAGCUGUUGUCAUUGUGAAAAAUGCUGAAAAAUCAUUUAUGAGAAAAUUACCAAAAACUGAUAAGUCUGAUCCAAAACAGCUAAAAAAACAUUUGAUAAGCUUUGUAAAAUCAAUUAAACCUUCAGAUCGUAUUUUAUUAUGUGGUAUUACUGAUGCACCAUUUAAUGUAAGUGAUAUGAAGGGAUUAAAUGCUACUUAUCAGAAAAUCAUUUAUGUUCCACCUCCAGAAUUUGGAAGUCGACAAAUUAUUUGGAAGAAUUUAAUUCUUCAAGCAAAGGGUGAAAUAACUCCACAGCUGCACUUACCAACUCUUUCUAAAAUUUCUGAUGGAUACACAGGAAGUCAAAUAAAAUUAGCUGUUCAAAAGACAUUAAUAUCAAGAAGAAUUGGUGUGCUAAAAGAAGCUCCUUUAUCAGAAAUAGAAUUUAUUGAACCAUUAAGUAAAUAUGUACCUCUUUAUAAUGUUGAAAUUGAAGCUUAUAAGGUAAAAUAAAACUUAUUUUACUAUAUUUAUUUUGUAUAAAUUUAUAAUUUGAAGUAAAUUUUGAAGUGAAUUUAUAUAUAUAAUUUGUAUAAUUUAUAUAAAUUAUACAAAUUAUAUAUAUAUAAUUUAGUGCGCUCAAGAUAAAAGUGCUAAAGGGAUGUAUAAAUAAAACUGUGUACUCAAAUGUACUGAAGAGGGACCUUUUUUAGAAAAGGACCGAAAUGCAUCUAUAGUAAUAGAAUAAAGUGAAAUCAUUGGCUAAAGCUGUGUGAUAGUCUACCGCCAAUAUUAAAAUUUACAUUUUAAGUGCGGAUUUACA